UAAAGCUGAACGCGGCCAUGGGUACGCCCAACUGCACCCUUUCCCUCGUACCACCACCACCACCACCACCACCUUGCUGUGGCAAGCGUUAAUAGUACAUUUGUCCAAUACCUUGUAGAUUGUGUAACCCUUAGCACAAAUGCCACCCAAACCAGCUUCUACUGCCGGAAAGGCCCCCGCUUCAACCGCCUCGAAGGCACCUGCUAAACCCGAUGCGGGUGCAAAGGGUGCAAAGAAGACUGCACCUAAGGGUCAAUCUGCUGCUGAUGGCGAAAAGAAGAAGCGCCGAAAGGUCCGCAAGGAGACAUACAGUUCUUACAUCUACAAGGUCCUGAAGCAGGUUCACCCUGAUACGGGUAUCUCGAACAAAGCCAUGGCUAUCCUAAACUCGUUUGUCAACGAUAUCUUCGAGCGUAUUGCAACAGAGGCAUCGAAACUUGCUGCUUACUCAAAGAAGUCGACCAUCUCGUCCCGCGAGAUACAGACGGCAGUCCGAUUGAUCCUACCUGGUGAGCUUGCGAAACAUGCCAUUUCGGAAGGCACCAAAUCUGUGACGAAAUUCUCCGCUGGUGCCAAGUAAAGAGCGUACAUAUUGGUUGUAUUCCUAUGCAUAUUGUAAUUUCCUUUCGUAUUAGAAUAUACCUUGUAGUAUCCAAGGCAAAGCCUCAGCGACUCACAGUCGCACUACUAUCCGAUCUCCUUCGGUAUUCCCGGCAAAUAUCGCUCUUAGUGCAUUGGACUGAAUCUCGUGUGUAC